UUCACUGUAACCAAAGAUCGUUUUGGACAAAUUAACAAGAGGUUGGUUACGGUUAGGCAAGAUUUUGCGGGUUAUUUUGAGACAAAUUUGUUAGGUUGGUUAUGGUUAUCUUGUAUUAUGUUAUUUGUUUUAGGAUAGAUUCUGAAAUUAGACGACCUGACAGCGAGUGCCUUGUUGACCACUGAAGUCAAAUUAUAAUAAUAAUACCUGAUUUACCUGAGGGCCACUAACCCUACUGGCCUCGACGAUGACAGGAAGCCGGCAGCUUGUUGAAGGUGCCCUGCAUGUGACCUUGAUGAUCUUUUCCAGAUUAAGAUGAAUGUUAAGCCAUAUGUGCAGUUAAUUAUGAGGUGCAGUAGGGAUGCCAGACUUCAUACUUGUGCAUCACUGCAACAAAUCCAAAAGCUAACACGGUUGCGGGUGGUCGACAACUCUGAAUUAGGCAAGUCAGCAAUGAUGGAAGGAAGACCCCCAAAAUGCAUUCAUAUCUAUAGCAAGAAACAAUUUGGUUAUACAGGUGACAAGGUGUUGGUUGCCAUCAAAGGUCAGAAGAAGCAAGCUAUACUCACUGGUUGCCAUCAAAAUCAAGAGCCACUCAUGCCUAAGUUUGACAGUAAUAAUAUUGUUUUGAUUGAUGAAAAUGGGGCUCCACUUGGCACCAGGAUUCUUGUUCCCAUUCCCACGAUGCUUCGCAAAAAACUAAAAGAUAUGUCGCGACCAAAAGGAGCUGACUAUACAAAAAUUUUGGCAAUUGCCACUAGGUUUGUGUAAUAAAUUUAUGCUAUAUAUUUUGAAUGUUUACUUGAAAUGUAAUUAUGUGCAAUACAUAAAUUUGCUAAAUAAUUGUGUUUCUUUAUAAAAAAAUUUGAGAUUAUAAUUGUAUUGUUGUAUUGCAAGUAAAAUACUAUGCAAUAUUAUAGUGAGAUUUAAAGAGUGUGCAGUCCAUCCUAUUUCAGAUACAGUAUUUAAGUAUAAAUCUUUAAUUGUCACAAUAAUUUUAUGUCCUUGCAGAAAUAUUUGUGUGCUGUAUUUGCAUUAAAGUUUUUUGAGAUUUUAAAA